GCUGCUCGCUCGUGAAGAACUCCGGUGGCCCGUGGCCAUGAACCAGAAUCAGCCGGGCCUUUGUCCAGGACUCAUCUUGUGGCCCUACUUUGAAAGUGACAACGCACGCGGCACCAUGGAGAAGGUGAGCACCUCAUUCCUGGACGACAUGGUGGGCGUCGGGGACAUGGUCCUGCUCGACCCCCUCACCGAGGACUCCUUCAUUGAGAACCUGCGCAAGCGAUUCCAGCACAACCAAGUCUACACAUACAUCGGGGGCGUGGUGAUCUCCAUGAACCCCUACAAGGCGCUGCCGAUCUACACGUCCGAGAAGGUGGAGGAAUACCGCAACCGCAACUUCUACGAGCUGAGCCCCCACAUAUACGCCAUCGCAGACGAGGCGUACCGCUCCCUGCGGGACCACGACCGCGAUCAGUGCAUCCUCAUCACAGGAGAAAGCGGAGCCGGCAAAACUGAGGCCAGCAAGCUGGUCAUGUCAUACGUGGCUGCCGUGUGCGGGAAGGGCUCCGAGGUGACGAAGGUGAAGGAGCAGCUACUCCAGUCGAACCCAGUUCUGGAAGCUUUCGGGAAUGCCAAGACCAUCAGAAAUGACAAUUCGUCACGUUUUGGAAAGUACAUGGACAUCGAGUUUGACUUCAAAGGAGACCCUCUCGGAGGCGUCAUCAGCAACUACCUCCUGGAGAAGUCACGAGUGGUGGGUCAGGCGCGCGGCGAGAGAAACUUCCACAUCUUCUACCAGCUCCUGGCUGGAGCCUCGCCUCAUUUGCUGGAGCGACUGAAGCUGCAGCGCGACGUGGCAACGUACAGCUACCUGAUGCAGAAGGACAGCGCCCACGUGCCAGGCAUGGAUGACGCCUCGGUGUUCCAGACGACGCAGAGAGCGAUGCAGGUGAUUGGAUUCGAGGCGGGCGAGGUGAGCAACGUCCUGGAGGUGGUGGCCGCUGUGCUCAAGCUGGGCAACGUGCAGCUCUCGGGGACCGGGUGGGCCAACGGCGUCGAGCAAAACGGCGAUACGACGACCGGCACGUCAGACUUGCUGGACGUCUCCUCUCUGCUGGGACUGCAGCCUUCAGUGCUGGGCCGGGCACUCACCACCCGCACCGUCGAGGCGAGACAGGAGAAGGUGUCAACGACGCUCAACCUAGCCCAGGCGUACUACGCCCGGGACGCGCUCUGCAAGAACAUGUACAGCCGGCUCUUCUCAUGGGUCGUGAGCCGUAUCAACAAGAGUAUCAAGGUGCAAAAGCACACCCAGAAGAAAGUGAUGGGUGUGCUGGACAUAUAUGGCUUCGAGAUAUUUGAGGACAACAGCUUUGAGCAAUUCAUCAUCAACUACUGCAACGAGAAGCUGCAGCAGAUCUUCAUUGAGAUGACGCUCAAGGAGGAGCAGGAGGAGUACGUGCGCGAGGGGAUUGAGUGGACACAUGUGGAGUAUUUUAACAAUGCAAUCAUCUGCGACCUCAUAGAAAACCCCCAGACAGGCAUCCUGGCUAUGCUGGACGAGGAGUGUCUCCGUCCGGGCUCCGUGUCGGACCAGACGUUUCUGGACAAGCUGGGCUCCGUGUGCGCGCACCACUCCCACUUCCAGAGCCGCCUAUGCAGCAACGCACGCUUCCUCAGCGACACGUCGCUGCCGCACGACUGCUUCCGCGUGCAGCACUACGCCGGCAUCGUGACAUAUCGCGUGGAGGGCUUCGUGGACAAGAACAACGACCUGCUAUUCCGAGACCUCUCCCAGGCCAUGUGGGGGGCCCAACAGGAGCUGGUGCACAGCCUCUUCCCGGAAGGAGAUCCAGCACGACCCAACCUCAAGCGGCCACCAACUGCCGGGACCCAGCUCAAGAGCUCCGUGGCAUUCCUCAUGCGGAACCUUCUCAGCAAGAACCCAAACUAUAUCCGGUGCAUCAAACCCAAUGACAAAAAGUCUCCGAACUUGUUCACCCCGGAGCUUGUGGGGCACCAGGUGCGCUACCUGGGGCUGCUGGAAAACGUCCGUGUGCGUCGUGCUGGAUUCGCCUUCCGUCAGCUCUACGCCCCCUGCCUGCAGCGCUACAAGAUGCUGUGUCCCAGCACCUGGCCCCACUGGAACGGCCAUGCCAGGGACGGCGUGGAGACGCUGCUGACAGAGUGCCAUGUGCCACAUGACGAGUUUGCCUACGGACGUACAAAGCUGUUUAUCCGCAACCCACGCACGCUUUUUGCGCUUGAGGAUGCACGCAAGCGGAGGAUGGAGGACCUGGCCACACUUAUCCAGAAGAUGUUCCGUGGCUGGCGCUGCCGUACGCGCUACCUCCUCAUGCGGAGCAGCCAGAUCGUCAUCUCCAGCCGUUACCGGGGAUACUACCAACACAAGCGGUACCAGCAGCAAAAGCAGGCGGCCACCACCAUCGCCUCGUUCGCCCGCGGGACAAAGGCGAGACAACUUCUCAGACAGUUGAAGCACGAGAAGAAAUGCAAGGACUCGGUCACCACAAUCGCAGCUGGCUGGAGAGGCUACCAGGUGCGUAAGGAGUACCGGAAGUUUUUCCGAGCCAAUGCAGCCAAGAAGAUCAGCAACUUCACCAUGCAGGGAAUACUGUCUAGGUACUUCCUGGAUCUGAAGGCUGCCCUGCCUUCCAUGUCCCCCAUAGACCAAAGCUGGCCGGACCCUCCCAAACGCUUCCUGGAACCCACGCACGCGCACCUGCGUCGCUUGCACCACCUGUGGCGGUGCAAGGUGUAUCGCUCGCGGCUCACCGAAACCCAGAAGGGCAUUCUGGAGGAGAAGCUCUAUGCCAGUGAGCUGUUCCGUUACAAGAAGGAGCUCUAUCCACAGACGGUUGGGCAGCUGUUCAAAGGGCUGUACCUCCCAGAAGGUAUGGGGCCUCGGCACGAGAAGCUGCUAGGAUCUGUGCAGGACAAACUGCUUUACUCGGAGGCUCUGCACAAGGUCAACCGUGCCAAUGGCAAGGUGGCAGUCCGCAUCCUAUUACUCACCAAGACCAGCCUGCUGCUGGCUGACCACAAGACAGCGCAGAUGAAGGCGCUCGUGUCGCUGGCCGACGUGGAUGGCCUGUCCACCAGCGCUCUGUCCGACGGAGUCUUCGUGCUGCACGUCAAGCAGGGCACGUCAGCGGCAGGGAAGGGGGACUUUGUGUUCAUGAGCGAGCACGUGGUUGAGCUCCUCACCAAGCUGCACCGCACCGUGCUGGAGACCACGCACCAGCAGCUACCGCUGAACGUCUGCAACGCGUUUCCGGUGCAUUUCCGCGAGGAGAGUGUGAACGUGAAUUUCGCCACCGCCACGCAGCGCAACGGCAGCCUGCCCGUGUGCAAGCGCAAGAACCACACGCUGGAGGUCACUGUGCCCGUGUAGCCGGAGACACCCGGCCAGGACUUGAUCCUCCUCUUCCCCAGCUUCCUGAGAGAAGCAUGGAGGCACACACUCGCUCCACCCUCUCCCCGAAGACCAAAGAACACCCAGCCCUAUCCUCGAUCGUGUCCCCACCCAACCCUCCCACCAUCCGCCACUCCCGCUGUGCACAACACUCGCCUCGUGCUGUCAUCUUCUAUUUGCGAUGCCUGGGGUAGCCAUCGGACUAAACCCGUGCACUUUCCGAAUUGUAUUUGUGUGCUGGACUGUACAGUCGCCAAGUGCACUGGCCAAAUAUUGACCACUCACAAAACAUGCUUCUAAAACCAGUAAAACAAGGUUGGCUUAAAAUGACACAGCUCCACUGCAACGACUGAAACAUUACUACGUUUAUAAAGUAAAAUUGACUGCGAUUAAAAUGUGUAUGUCGAUCAAGGGCUUCAUUUGUGAGGAGGAAAUGUAGCGUCACAUCAUAUACCACCCAUUCCAGCCUUACCCUGACCCGACUCUACAGGCAGUUGUUUAUUCCAAAAACUGAGGGAUGUCUUGUUAUGUGAUUUUCUUGAGUAACUUUUUGAAAGCUUCGGAAGGACCCUUAACCUGGGAAUCCCAGCAUGAUGGAAAUUCGCUCAUGAAAACACUUUGACAUAUGUGUAUUACUGUUUAGUGUGGGUGGUAAACUCAUGCAGAUGACUAAUUUCACACUGAUUUGCAUAUGCAAUAGUUACAAUAGUUCUGAAUGGCAGGUUUUGUGUACAUAAUGUUUAGACGCCAGGAUUCUAACAUAACAUCCACGACAUCUCCGUCUUGACACUCGCUCUCAUGAUAAGAUAUUCAUUCACAUGUUUAGUCAGGAUAGCUCAUGCUUCCUUAACUUAGCAUUAUAUAUGUAAAGCGUAUUUAAAAAAGUCUACGUCCACAAAUGCUUAGGAAUGUAAACUGUGCAAAGCAUAGCAAUGUAGCUAGGCAAAGAGUGUCAUUGGCCGGCCAUACGUUGGAUUUUAUUGUCCAAAAGCAGCACUCGAAUAAUAGACCUAUUAACAGUCUCCCAUGCAAGAAUCCACUACCUUUGCCUUUGCUGAAAACUCAAUGUCAGACUUCAGCAUGCUUGUUUGCUUACACUUGAAAAAUUGUGCCUUUGUGAUUAAAAUCACACCACUCUGACGCUUUUGAAUCGCCACUAAUGUAUUCCUAUUGGGCUUACCACAUUUUACGCAUCCUCUGAUGUACCUAUUGUUUUUUUUACUUAAUUUUUAUUGAACUGUAAUUUAAUGUUGGGCAUUAGUACUUUUCAAUAAGUCCCUUGCAUCAUUUAAAGGUUUGUACAUGGUAUACAGCAUUGUAAUAAUGGUAUUAUGUAAUUUCUGGGUAUGUUAUUAGAGCAUAUUUAGAAGCAAUGUUUAUACAUCUGUCGAUGGCAAAGGAGUUUUAAACUAAAUUCCAAGGCUUAUUCUUAGAUAUAUUAUUGCUAAUGGAUUGUAGGCAUAAAUGGUGCACUUUCAGUUGUACGUAUACACAAUAUUGCCUUGUAAAAAUGUACUUCUAUACAAUGUAAGAAAAAUCUCUGCACUAACUUCAUUGAUAUUUUUCAUCAGACGUGUGAGCCCAGCUGAUGUGUCUGUAAAUGUGGGUUCUGAUAAUGAUGAAGUGUGGCGUCUGUUUUAAACGGUAAAUAAUUUCUGGUGAAAAGAGAACUUAAGAUGUAGAGAAAUAUGGCUUGUACUUUGUAAUAUAUUGUCUGCUUCAGGGUGUAUGGCCAUGGGUGUACAUUUAUGUAGCGGUACAUCUAUUUAACAACUUAGACAACAGCUGUAUCAGUGUACGUAAGUUUGAUAUAGCACGGGUUUCUAAACAUCUGAACAAUAUAAUCUACUUACCGUAUUCUAUUUUCGACUUGCCUGUUGUUAUAUUUUUUGAUUAUCUUCCAGAUUACACCGAAAAGUGUUUUGUCUGUCAUAACAAGUGAUUAAGAAGUAUCGAAAAUGCGGCUAUAUUGCUGAUUGACACUGGCAUAAAUAUGAAUUAUGACAAAAUAUAUACCACUGAUAAUUUUAUUUUAAAUGUACUAUAUCACUGUGUUUAGUGUAUCCAGUAUAGACUGACUGGCUUUGCACGUAAAUGUGAUGUACAUUAGCAUAGCUUGUUUUCACAAACAUGUCCACUCACCUCCCGGUCAGGCUGUGUUUAUCAAUCCACACAAUUCAUGAUAAACUUUUCUGGAUUUGCUUCUUAUGAAUGAUUCAGUCAGCUCUCAUGCGAUUGGUGGGCUUGUUCAUACAAAUGAGCAUUAAAAUGUCUGGAUAUUUUUUUAUUUACCUGACGUGCUGCUUGCAGCAUGUUUUAUUUGAUAAGCUUUAAACUCCAGUAAUUACUCAAUGUUCAUGUGUUUUUUUUCCAAUUACAAUAACUGAAUACUUCUAUGUUUGAGUUUUUUUUAGCUUCGAUUAAAACACUUGUUGUUUUAUAUUCAACUUGUUUUUAAAUACUGCAGUUAAUAAUGCAAGAAUAAAUUCUGCCAAAAAGGAAAACAAAAACUCCUUGCUUUUAUGAAUUUGAUGGGUCUGCCUGUGGCAUAUCCAUCAUGGAUGGUGGUUAACUGGUUAACUGCACUUUUAUAGUGAUUUAUACUGCAUUACUCUGAGUGCAGCAGCUUGCAUGGAGUGCAACAGCAUGCAUUGGUACAUUUGUAAAUAGAACGUGUUGCCCUUCCACUUGAUCCAGUGAGACUACUUUCCGUGUCACAAACGUCCUAAGAGCACCACUCACAAAAACACCAUAAGGUAGUCGGAAAUAAAAUAGUAAAACAAAUCGAAUACUGAAUGUACAACACAUCAUGCCUGG